AUGUGGACCCGCCGUCAGCUCUUGAACGCGACCUCAGUCGUACCCCGCGCUAGUCGAUGUUCGUUGACGAAGCGCCCGCUGUCAAGCCUCGAUGUUCGUCCAGGCGAAGUCUCGGACCGUGAAAACUUCCAGCUCGUCAUCAUCGGCACGGGCUGGGCCGGCUACCAAAUGUUCACGCAAUGUCGCAAGCAUCUCGUGGAUAUCGAGGAAAACAUUGGUCGGCCGGUGGACCUCGUAGUCGUCUCGAAACGUAACCACUUCCUCUACACGCCGUUGCUGGCGAGCACGACCGUAGGGACGUUGGAGCUUCGGUCCAUCAUCGAACCGCUUCGCGACAGCAUUAGCCACGAAAGUGACUUUCAUCUGGCCAACGUACAGAAUAUCGACCCGGAGUUAAAAGUCCUUAAUGUCGAGUCGGCUGUCAGCGCUGAAAGUCGCAGUGGCAAGUACGACAUCAAGUACGACGCUUUGGUGUUAGCGUGUGGCUCAAAUCCACUGACGUUCGGGCUGCCUGGCGUUGAACAAUACGCUUUCUUUCUCAAAGAGAUUCACCACGCCCAGAAGAUUCGCAAUCGCAUUCUUGAGAACUUCGAAAUCGCUACUCAGCCAAACGUUACUCUUGAAGAAAAGCAGCGAUUGCUGCAUUUCGUUGUGGUUGGUGGCGGCCCUACUGGAAUCGAGUUUUGUGCCGAGUUGUAUGAUCUGGUGUCGCAGGACCUAGUACACAAGUACCCGCAGACGUCUAAGCAUUUGGGUGUGACGCUUGUAGACUCGUGCGAAAUUCUGAACGGAUUUGAUCAACACUUGCGUACUGUGGCGAUGCGUAAGAUCCAGAAACGCGACACGAUGGACAUUGUGAAGAAGAACUGUAUCGAAGUCACUGCAGACGGCGUUAUAGUAGAAGGUGGCGAGAAAAUUCCGGCUGGUCUUGUUGUAUGGACAGCUGGCGUCGGCCCGAACGAGCUCACCAAGGCCCUGACGGUGUUUAAGAAGAGUGAGCGUGGCAAUAUCUUGACCAACCCGUACUGCCAGGUCUUGGGUGCUGCGGAAGCUGAAGAAGAAGCUCCGUGGGGAAUGCCGCAGCGUUCGAAUGUGUUUGCAAUCGGUGAUUGCGCUGAGAUCUUGAACUACCCGCUACCGGCGACAGCCCAGAAAGCGGAGACUCAGGCAAACUAUCUCUCGUCGCUCUUUCGCGGCAAGAACCCAGCGCCAGCGAAACCGUACACCUUUCGCAGCAAAGGCAUGAUGGCGUACCUGGGCUCGUACGAAGGGCUUUUUGAGGCUCACCCCCGUGAUGACGAUACAAUUACGCUCAGUGGGUGGAAGGCUUGGUUUCUGUGGCGCAGUGCGUAUAUGACGAAGCUGGGAAGCUGGCGUCUCCGAUUGCAGGUGCCUCUCGACUGGAUCAAGGCGUUCGUUGUUGGUCGCGACGUGUCCAAGUUUUAG